UGAAUAUACAACAUUAUAUUAGUUAUUUAGGUGUGGCAAAUUGGACAACCGUACCAGUUUCUACAGCAUGAAUGGAUAUUUUUCUGAGAUAUUUUUAACUGUGUCUAAGAAAGAAUAAUGUCUUUAACAGAAAGAUACCUUUGUAAUAUCUGCAAGCAAAAUGAAGCAAGUAGUACAGUCAUAUGGUGUAUAGACUGUGAGGUGUCUCUUUGUAUGGAAUGUGAAAAACAUCACAAAAAUUCUGCGGCAUCCAAAGACCACAAGACUAUAAUCACUGAAGAUUACCACAAGUUGCCAUCUUUCAUGAAAGAAACAUGUAGCCUAUGCAAAGACCAUGAUAGAAAAUAUGAACUUUACUGUUCUGUCCAUGCAUGUGCCUGUUGUUCUGAAUGCACUUCAGACAAACAUAAUCAAUGUCAAGAUAUGAUGCGGCUGUCAGAAAUAUUAGGAAACAAAAAAUUAUCUGACUCUGUCCCACCUCUGGAAAAAGAUUUAAAGGAUAUAGGAGAAAAGUUUGAACAUAUAAUUGAAUACUUGCACAAAAUUAUAACUACAAAUAAAAAUCAGAAAACACAAAUUCUAUCGGAAAUUAAAUCGGUGAGAAAAUCUAUAGAUGAUUACCUGGACAAAUUAGAAAGUCAGAUUCUUGACGAGUUAGAAUCUAAACAUUUAAUGAUACAGUCAAAAAUGGGGGAUCUUGUUCAACAAAUAGAACAACGUGCAAAACAAAUUGGUCAUUUACAAGAAGACUUUUACAAAAUGACACAAUAUGCCACUGAAUGGCAAACAUAUGUUGGUCUGAGGGAAAUGGGAAAAGCUUCAUUACAAGAAAUAAAAUACGUAGAAGAUUUAGAGAGUAAAGGACACAUCGAUAAAAAUAACUUGCAUGUUAACAUUUCCUCUGCCUUGCAAUCAAUUCUAAAAGAUAUAAAAUCUUUUGGAGAUAUUUCUAUUACAAAACAACCAUAUAGUUCAAAAGUCAUGGUCAUCACAGGGGAUGAAGUCCAGCAUUCAAUAUCAAAGUUUCCUAAUAUUGAACAAAUAAAGCCAACUUUCUUAAACACUCUCAAAUUUCCAGAAGGACAAAAAUAUUUAAUGAUGAAAUUACUUGUUCUUGAUGAUGGCAAGUUUCUGGCCCUAGAAAACCACCAGAAAAGUUUGAUGCUGUUCGGUAGUGAUGGUUUCUGUUGGAGAAACGUGGUGAAAUUCUCACAAGAUGACUUCCCGUUUAAUUUUUGCAACAUCAGCAAUAAUAUAGUGGCGGUCAGUCUCUAUUACAAACAUCAAGUGAUAUUAGUGGACAUAGAAAAGAAUAAAACUAUAGAAACUAUUGACAUUUCUGGUGCCUGUUGGGACAUUUCGUGUUAUGGUCAAACACUGGCCAUCAGCCUAUCUGAUGAUGCAAAAAUCAUUCUACUAAACCUGCAGGACAAAUCACGCGAGAUUAUAGAAGCAGUUCAGCUCACACAUUUAGUCCUGUUUGAAGAAAACAUUUAUUGUACAGCUUGUAGUACUCACAAGGUGUUUUGCUACAAAGUCACAGGAGAACACGUUUGGACAGUUAAAAAUUCCGAUAUCGAUAUACCAGAAGGAAUUGCAGUAGAUAUGAAUGGCUUUGUUUACAUUGCUUCUUUAGGCAAUAACAGUAUUGUGCAGUUAUCACCAGAUGGUAAAAGUCAUAAAACAGUUUUGAAUGAAGAAGAUGGAGUCAUAUAUCCUAAGGCUUUUGAUAUUAACAGAAAAGCAGGUUUGAUGAUAGUCUCCAGCCAAACCAAUUACUGUACACAGGAAGCUUUUGUGUAUAAUAUUUGAGAUUGACAUGACUGUAUUUAUUUUUCUCCUUUAUAUCAUGCAUUUGAAAUAAAACUUCUUUUCCAAAAUAAAACAAAUUUUCUUUUCA